AUGACUGCCGGCCAAGUCUUCUUCAUGUCUUCUUCUCUCGUUCCGAUGAAACACGACAAGCAGCAGCCAACAUGUCCAACAUUGGCUAAAUGGGCUUCCCUUCUGCUGCUUCUACUUCUGUUUCCUUGCUCUGCUUCUGCUGUUUGUAACAAACUGGACCAAGAUGCUCUCUUGUCUUUGGAGCUGUCUUUCAAGGUUUCCACCCCAUUGAAUUGGUCUGUUUCUUUUGAUUGUUGUCUCUGGGAAGGAAUACUCUGCGGCGCAGAUGAUCGAGUUGUUAAUCUGUCUCUACCCGGAAGAGGAUUAAGUGGUCUGAUCAGUCCAGCUAUCACUAACCUCACAUAUCUCACCCAUCUUGAUCUCUCCCACAAUUCCCUAUUGGGUGUUCUCCCUGAGGGUUUCUUUCAAUCCCUGUCUCGACUUGAAGUUCUUGACUUGAGCUUCAAUCGGCUCAACGGGUAUCUGCCACUCUCAGCUGACGAUGCCAGCAAGCUUCAGAUUGCUGACUUAUCGAGCAAUUACUUCAAUGGGACAAUCCCAUCUUCGAUCCUUAUGCCAUCCGUUGCUGCAGGUUCGCUUGCCGUUUUCAAUGUCAGUAAUAACAGCUUAACUGGCUCCAUUCCCAUUUCUGUUUUGUGCAAAAAUGGCAGCAAGAUCAUUAUCUUGGACUUCUCCUCCAACAAAUUCAAUGACUCUAUUUCCACCGGACUCGGCUCUUGUUCGAAGCUCCAAGUCUUUCGGGCAGGAUUCAAUGCUCUCUCUGGUCCUCUACCUGAUGACAUUUUCGACCUGGCUGAUCUCCAACAGCUGUCCCUGCCUGUCAAUCAGUUAUCAGGACCCAUUGGUGAUGGCAUUGUGCGUUUAACAAAUUUGAAGAUCUUGGAGCUCUAUUCGAACCAAUUCAUGGGGACAUUACCAAGCCAAAUUGGUAACCUUUUCAGGUUGGAAAAGCUGGUUCUCCACAUCAACAACCUCACAGGUUCCUUGCCUGCAUCUCUCCAAAACUGCACAAAUCUAUCCACCUUGAAUUUGAGGGUCAAUAAUAUGUCUGGACAACUCUCUGCCUUCGACUUCUCUGCACUCAAACACCUCACCACACUCGACCUUGGCAACAACAACUUCACUGGUGAGUUACCACAGAGCCUCUACUCUUGCAAGUCAUUAACAGCACUUAGAUUUGCUAGUAACCGGCUCACAGGUCAGAUAUCGCCUGAAAUAGUUGGACUAGAAUCCCUGGCUUUCCUAUCCAUCUCUAACAACUUCUUAACCAAUGCCACUGGGGCUUUUAGAAUUCUAAGGAGUUGUAAGAAUCUGACCACUCUUGUGCUCGGUAAGGGUUUUAUGAAUGAACCCUUACCAGAUGAUGAAGGCCUAGUAGGCUCUGAUGGAUUUCAGAAUAUACAGGUUUUUGCCUUGGGUGGCUGCAAUUUCACAGGUCAAGUUCCUACAUGGCUUGGGAAGCUUAAGAAACUUCAAGUCUUGGACCUGUCGUUUAACCUGUUAACCGGUUCAAUUCCUAGUUGGUUUGGUAGUCUGCCAGACCUUUUCUACAUGGAUUUGUCCAACAACCAACUUACCGGAGGAUUUCCUAAGGAGCUCUGUGGGAUGCCAGGUUUGACAUCAAAAGAGGCCACCAGUUUAGCAAACAGCAGUUACCUAGAGUUGCCAGUCUUUGUGAUUCCUCAAAAUGCAACUAAUCUGCAGUACAAUCAGCUGUCCAGCCUUCCACCAGCUAUAUAUCUCGGAAAUAACAGCCUUAGUGGCACUAUCCCCACCGAGAUAGGGCAAUUGCAGUUCAUUCUUGUGUUGGACCUUAGUCACAACAGUUUCUCUGGCAGCAUCCCGGUUCAGAUAUCUAAUCUCACCAACUUAGAGAAAUUGGAUCUCUCCUACAACCACUUCUCUGGUGAAAUACCUGCUGCUCUCAAAGGUUUGCAUUUCUUGUCUUCCUUCAAUGUGGCAUUCAAUGAUCUUCAGGGACCAGUGCCAUAUGGAGGUCAGUUUAAUACUUUUACCAACUCGAGCUUUGAAGGGAAUCCAGGAUUAUGUGGUCCUUCGACUACACAGCACUCUUGCUCUCAAUCAACAGCACCUCAAUCAUCAGCACCGGUUCAUGUUCGGAGGUCAAACAGAAUCCUUCUGAUUGGUCUUGCAUCUUCUAUUUGUUUUGGCAUUGUUUUUAUCAUUGCAAUGCUAGCUGUGUGGAUGUUAUCUAAGAGAAGAAUCAUCCCAGGAGGGGAUUCUGACAAGAUGGAAUUGGAUACAAUCUCUAGCUAUUCCACUUCUGCUGUUACUCCUGAGCUCGAGAAGGAUACCAGCCUAGUCAUCGUCUUCCCUACCAACACCAAUGAAAUCAAGGAUCUUACUAUAUAUGAAAUCCUAAAAGCAACCAACAACUUCAAUCAAGCAAACAUCAUUGGCUGUGGAGGUUUUGGUCUGGUAUACAAGGCAACAUUAGCAAAUGGAACCAAUCUGGCUGUUAAGAAGCUCUCAGGAGACUUGGGUUUGAUGGAAAGAGAGUUCAAGGCAGAGGUUGAGGCGCUUUCCACUGCUCAACAUGAUAACCUUGUUUCACUGCAAGGGUAUUGCGUGCAUGAUGGUGUUCGCCUAUUAAUGUAUUCUUACAUGGAGAACGGAAGCUUGGAUUUCUGGUUACAUGAGAAACCUGAUGGUGCUUCCCAAUUAGAUUGGCCAACACGGCUGAAGAUUGCACGGGGAGCAGGGGAUGGGUUGGCUUACAUGCACCUAAUAUGUCAGCCACACAUUGUGCAUCGUGAUAUCAAGUCCAGCAACAUCCUGCUAGAUGAUAAAUUCAAAGCACAUGUUGCUGAUUUCGGGUUGUCCCGAUUGAUUCUUCCCUACGAAACUCAUGUUACAACCGAGCUUGUUGGUACCCUCGGUUACAUUCCUCCUGAGUAUGGACAAGCAUGGGUGGCCACUUUAAGAGGAGAUAUGUACAGUUUUGGUGUUGUAAUGCUUGAGCUGCUCACCGGAAAAAGGCCGUUUGAGGUAUGCAAACCUAGGACGUCACGAGACUUGGUUAGUUGGGUACAGCAAAUGAGGAAGGAAGGCAAAGCUGAGGAAGUUUUUGAUCCUCUUUUGAGAGGGAAAGGCUUUGAAGAAGAGAUGCUGCAGGUUCUUGAUGUAGCUUGCAUGUGUGUCAACCAGAACCCUGUUAAGAGACCAAGCAUCAAAGAAGUUGUUGAUUGGCUGGAAAAUGUAGGGGCGUCUCAGCAAGACUUAAAUAAAGACUAGUGAAAAAAUUUCUUAACGUAUCCCAAGUUCUUCAUAUGUAUACUUGCACAUAGAUAUCAGGUUUUGUUGUUGCAGAUUUUCCCAACCUUACUUCUGUAAAUGGUAUUGUUUUGAAGCUCUAUGGAGUCACAUCUUGUGUUAUAACUUAUGAGUACAUGGCAUUAGUGAGAAGAUUGAAUGAUUUCCAGGCAUACCAGGGCAGUCUUAUAGUUCUAAUCAUUUUCAUCUCUGGUACUG